AUGCUCAGCGCCGCACUCCGGAGGCGUGCCCUCGCCCCGACUCACAAUGCCCUCCGCUUGGGCUUCUCGGCUAACGUAGUCCGCUACUACGCCUCCUUCCCCAGCCAUCAGGUCAUCAGGAUGCCCGCUCUGUCGCCCACCAUGCAGUCCGGUGGCAUCGGCGCCUGGGCCAAGAAGGCUGGCGACUCCAUCGCCCCCGGCGAUGUCCUCGUCGAGAUCGAGACGGACAAGGCCCAGAUGGACUUUGAGUUCCAGGAGGACGGUGUCAUUGCCAAGAUCCUAAAAGAGACUGGCGAGAGGGACCUCCCCGUCGGUACGCCCAUUGCCGUUCUCGUCGAGGAGGGCACCGAUGUCUCUGCGUUUGACAAGUUCACCGCCGAGGAUGCUGGCGACGUUGCCCAGUCUUCCGGCUCGGCUGCGGCCCCCAAACCCGCCGAGUCCGCCUCGUCGGCCCCCGCUCCCGCUGCUGAGCAGUACACCGAGACCCAGGGCAGGCUCCAGACUUCGCUCGAGCGCCAGCCUAACGCGUCGGUUCAGGCCAAGCGUCUGGCCCGUCAGAACGGCAUCUCCGUUGAGGAAAUCAAGGGCACCGGUCCUGGUGGCAAGAUCACCGAGGCUGACGUCCAGAAGGCCAUCAGCGCCCCUGCCGCCGCCACCGUCGCCGCCGCUCCCAGUGCCACCUACGAGGACAUCCCCAUCUCAGGUAUGCGCAGGACGAUUGCCUCGCGCCUGCAGGAGUCUGUCCAGACCAACCCUCAUUUCUUCGUCACCAGCAAGCUGUCUGUCGGCAAGCUCUUGGCUCUCCGCCAGGCCCUCAACAGCAAGGCCGACGGCCGCUACAAGCUGUCGGUCAACGACUUCCUGAUCAAGGCCAUAGCCAUUGCCUCGCAGAAGGUCCCCGCCGUCAACUCCAGCUGGCGCGACGGUGUCAUCCGUCAGUUCAAGACGGUCGACGUGUCGGUCGCCGUCUCAACCCCCAACGGCCUCAUCACCCCCAUCGUCACGGGCGCCGAGUCGCGUGGCCUCGAGUCCAUCUCCAACCAGGUCAAGGCCCUGGCCAAGAAGGCGCGUGACGGCAAGCUCAAGCCCGAGGAGUAUCAGGGUGGAUCCAUCUCCAUCUCCAACCUGGGCAUGAACAGCGCCAUCGACCACUUCACGGCCAUCAUCAACCCUCCUCAGGCGGCCAUCCUGGCCAUCGGUACCACGCGCAAGGUUGCCGUCCCCGUCGAGAACGACGACGGCACCACGUCGACGGAGUGGGAGGACCAGAUCACCAUCAGCGGCAGCUUCGACCACAGGGUCGUUGACGGUGCCGUGGGUGCCGAGUGGAUUCGCGAGUUCAAGAAGGUGAUUGAGAACCCUCUUGAGCUUCUUCUCUAA